UCGCGCGGAUACACGCGGUGGCCUUGAUACAAGCGGUGAAAAGUGAAGUUCGAUUAAUACUGGCAUGUAGGCGCACCCCUCCCGAGCGGGUAGAGUGCGGGGGUCCUUGCCAAGUCGGUUUGAAAAGAGCAGACAAAGGCUUGGAGUGCAGGACGCCCCUCGCCUCCCCUCGCAACAUUCAUCCUCCGGGAGUCUUUCUUGGCCGCUCCUCCCGCCAUGGAUCAGGUCGCCGGAGUGGGUCGCGUCGCUCUGACUUCCACUUUCCGCCUCUGAAAUGCACGAGCGUCUGGAUCCGCGCCGGGCCGAGAGUGGACGCCUUUUUGCGGCCAGAAUACAAGAAGGACGCGUCGUGUGAGGGAAGGAGAAAGAGAGCAAGAGAGAGAGAGAGAGAGAGAGAGAGAGAGAGGAGGGGGGAAGGUUUUGACGCCGUUUCCUCCUCUCCUCCGCCUCCUUCUUCUUCCUCCUCUCGUCCCCUCUCCUAUUUUGUAUUUUUUUGGGGGGGCGGAGGGAAGGAAUAAACGCUUUUUGGGGCUGUUUUGCGUCGCUUCUUUUCGAUGUGACUGCGCCUGCAGAAGCCGGCUCACGUUGCGCUCACAAGAGUUGGAUCGAUUGCGCACACUUUUGAGUGCGAGGGAGGAACGGAACUGAAAAGUCAGCGGGGUGGGAGGGGGGUGGGUGGGGGGUGUUGCUACUUUUUUGGAAUUGUACAGUGAAGAUUUUUUUUUGUUUUUGGUUUUCUCAGCCGUGGAGGUGCGGAGGAUUGAUUCUUAUAUGCCUGGGGUUUGAAAAACAAUGGAGACGCACAUUUCGUGCCUCUUCCCGGAAAUUUUGGCCAUGAUUUUCAGCUAUCUGGACGUGAGGGACAAAGGCAGGGUGGCCCAAGUGUGCCUGGCUUGGAGGGACGCGUCGUACCACAAGUCGGUGUGGCGGGGGGUGGAGGCCAAGCUGCACCUCCGGCGCGCCAACCCCUCGCUGUUCCCCAGCCUCCAGGCCAGGGGCAUCCGAAGGGUCCAGAUCCUGUCGCUGCGCCGCAGCCUGAGCUACGUGAUCCAGGGGAUGCCCAACAUCGAGUCGCUCAACCUGUCGGGCUGCUACAACCUCACCGACAACGGGCUGGGCCACGCGUUCGUGCAGGAGAUCCCGUCGCUGAAGGUGUUGAACCUGAGCCUGUGCAAGCAGAUCACCGACUACAGCCUGGGCCAGAUCGCCCGUUGCCUGAAGAACCUGGAGGUGCUGGAGCUGGGCGGCUGCAGCAACAUCACCAACACGGGGCUGCUGCUCAUCGCGUGGGGCCUGCGCCGCCUCAAGAGCCUCAACCUGAGGUCCUGCCGCCACUUCUCGGACGUGGGCAUCGGCCACCUGGCCGGCAUGACCCGCAACACGGCCGAGGGCUGCCUGAGCCUGGAGCACCUGACCCUGCAGGACUGCCAGAAACUGACGGACCUGUCCCUCAAGCACAUCUCCAAGGGGCUGGCCAAGCUGCGGGUGCUCAACCUGAGCUUCUGCGGCGGCAUCUCGGACGCCGGCAUGAUCUACCUCUCGCACAUGACCUCCCUGUGGAGCCUCAACCUGCGCUCGUGCGACAACAUCAGCGACACGGGCGCCAUGCACCUGGCCAUGGGCACGCUGCGCCUGUCGGGCCUGGACGUGUCCUUCUGCGACAAGAUCGGCGACCAGACGCUGGCGUACAUCGCCCACGGGCUGUACCGGCUCAAGUCGCUGUCGCUGUGCUCGUGCCACAUCUCGGACGACGGCAUCAACCGCAUGGCGCGGCAGAUGCACGAGCUGCGCACGCUCAACAUCGGCCAGUGCGUGCGCAUCACCGACAAGGGGCUGGAGCUCAUCGCCGACCACCUGACCCAGCUGGCGGGCAUCGACCUGUAUGGAUGUACCAAGAUCACCAAGAGGGGGCUGGAGAGGAUCACGCAGCUGCCCUGCCUUAAAGUGCUCAAUCUGGGACUCUGGCAGAUGACGGACAGCGAGAAAGUCAGGUGAUGGAUGGCCAAGGGAGGACGGGACGCGCCCGGUCGGGAAGUGUCGACCGAUCUCAUAUUGAGUUGGAUGCAAUUUCAUAACAUUCGCCCCCCCCUGCCCCCUUCUCCCAUCCCAAGCUGUGCCCAUUUGGAGCAAAGUGUCAACUUUUUUUUUUUUUUUUUUGCGCA